AUGGAUGAUACGAAACCUAUUUUUACUACCGCCAGCGAUACUAAGUCUACCACCACAACAGAAAGCUUUGCUCCGACGGACAGCAGGGGUGGUAUGCCCACCGGAUCGGAGGCUGUGUUUUCUCCCUUGGCGCCGCCGUUCCAAGCUCGCAAUGGUAGUGAGCUGCUAAACCUGCUUGCACAGCAGGAGCCUAGACCGGCUGAUACUGCUCCAGCUACGAGCGACAUGGACGAUGUUAUGAUGAACUUCCGUAUGAAUGGAUCUGACCUCCUUUUCGAUGAUAUCGAACACAACCCUCAAAAUUAUUUCAUGGUUCUGACCAAGAAGACACCUUGGUUCUGAAGUAACGCUGCCGAUGAUACCCGACGGUACUUCCGUCAGUAUUGACAAUUCUUUCAUUAGUUUCAUUUUACAUGUAGAAAUUAAUUUAUUCACUUGACAUUGGCAGAAUUGUGCGAAAUGCGCAGAUUAGCCAUUAAUAAAAGAAGAAGCCUUGUUAAUGACAUCACGAUAUGCGUAGGUCUAUCGUCGGCCAACAACUAUGUAUCGAUGCUGACGCGCGAGCAACUGUCGGUGUUGCGUUCCAUUCGUCCGAGCCUUCUCUAUGAAUUUCUGCAGGAGGUUGCGAAGGUGCGCAGUGAUAAGCGUAUGCGUCGCGCUCUUCCUAACGAAUGUGCGUUCUGUAAGAAUAACGGCGAGAACGAGGAGUGUUAUUCAUCGCACGCGCUCAAGGACUGGCGCGGACGAGUUCUGUGCCCAGUUCUGAGAGCAUUCCGUUGCCCUCGCUGCGGAGCUACAGGAGACCGCGCGCAUACUAUCAAGUAUUGCCCUGAAAAUGCCGACACAGGCAAGUCGAGAUAA